UGCGUUGGGAACACCCCGCUAUUGCACCUCGCUAUUACAAACGCGAUAUUGUAUUUUGCGUUCGAGAUUAUUUGAGUUGUAUCGUUUUGUAAAUAUCAUUCAAUAUCGUUGUAAAUACCACAAUGUCUUUUGCGGGAAAAGUUGUUCUGAUAACAGGGGCCAGUUCAGGAAUUGGAGCUGAAACAGCUAUUCAACUGGCUCAGCUUGGUGCAUCUUUGUCGAUAACAGGACGUAAUAAACACAAUUUAGAAAAAGUAGCCGAACAAUGUGGGCAAUCCAAACCGUUCAUUGUAGUGGGAGAUCUAGCUAAUAAGAACGACGUGAAAAAUAUCAUCGACUCGACAAUCAAGCACUAUGGAAAAUUAGAUGUUUUAAUCAAUAAUGCUGGAACUUGGGAAGCCGGUGAUAUAGAAACCACAAGCUUGGAAAAAUAUGAUAAUAUUAUGAACGUAAACGUUCGCUCGGUAUUCCAAUUGACAGCACUAGCAGUGGCAUAUUUAAUCAAAACGAAAGGCAACAUUGUAAACGUUUCUAGCUUAGCUGGAUUACGAUCAGGAGCAGGUUUUCUGGCAUAUUACAUGAGUAAGGCGGCUCUAGACCAAUUUACGCGUUGCGUUGCUUUAGAAUUGGCAUCACGACAGGUACGAGUGAAUGCCGUAAAUCCUGGCCUUAUAGAAACAAACAUCUUUCGAAACUCUGGAAUGAACCAAGAACAGCUUAAAAAGUUUUUCGAGCAGUUUAAAAAGAUACAUGCUUUAGGAAGAAAUGGUGAUACUUCGGAAGUUGCAAAGGCCAUUAUAUUUCUAGCAAGCGACGAUGCUAGUUUUAUGACAGGGGUGACAUUGCCUGUAGAUGGAGGUGCGCAUGCUAUGUCUCCUAGUACUCCUUUAACAUAAUCUGAUUAAACGAUAC